CAGUGGGUUCAGGAUAAUCGCAGACAGUGAUCCAUGGCGAGUGUUGUGUUUUACUGUUUCUCUCUCGUGGGGAUGCUUUCCACAGUUGUUGACGGCAUUUCGGUCCAAGUAACUCAACUCCCCAAACACACAACUGUAAUCAAAGGUGAAAGCAUCACCUUCUAUUGUGCCAUUUCCUACUUUGAAGAAAACUCACGUACAAAAGUAUACUGGUGGAAGCAUGGGGAGAGGGAGUACCUGCAAACACGGCCAGAUGCCAGGAAAAUAUUUGAUAUUGAAAAAGGAGGAAGCGGCUUCUUUCAGCUCCUGGAUGUGAAUCUUCAGGACUCUGGAGUUUAUCACUGCGCUCUGGCGUUGGAGGGAAAAAUAGCAAAAAAUGGAACUGGAUCGAAUUUAACUGUAUGCGUUCCACCAACACCACUGAAGAUAAUCCCAAGGUUUACUAAACGUAAUGCAUCGGUGUCUCUGACUCUUGUGUGUCAAACGGCUGAGUAUUACCCGAAGAAUCUCAUCCUGACUUGGUAUAACAGUGUCACCGAAAUUACAACAGGAAUAAAUACCACUGAACAGCAGAAUCCAGGGGAUUGUAUGUAACUUCCAGUUCUAUGGAAGUGGCACAGCCCAUCCUGAGGGGGGCUGUUUAUACCUGUAAGGUGUCACACAUCAGCCUCAAGGCUUCAGAAAUUGCCGAAUACAAGGUUCAACUUCCUGAACAUUCUGAAAAAGGGUUUGACUAUUGGAUCGUUGGAUAUGCAGUGGCUGCACUGAUUUUUCUAGUAGUUUUAAUUAUUAUUGGGAAGCGAUGCAAAUGGAUGAAAUGGAGAGGCUCCCAUAAAGAAAUUAAUGGAUCGCACCGUUCUGGAGAACAGACUGUGCAGGGAGCACACGAUGAGAUGGCUUAUGUCACAUUGGAUUUGACAAGUUCCCAGAAAUCUCCAAGACCUAAAUAUCAGGAGAGGACAGCGUACACCCAGACAAAGGGAGCAAUUGGUAACAAGCCAACAUAUGCAGCUCGGGAUUUAUCUGGCUCCAAGAAAAUAGGAAAGACUAAACCUACCUCCAAGAGUACAGAAUAUGCCAAGGUCAAACAAGGGGUAAACAAGCUGACUUAUGCUGCUCUGGAUUUGGGUAGCUCAAAAAAAACAGGAAUGCCUAAAUUCAACAAGAAUACAGAAUAUGCCGAGGUACAGAUGAAAACAGCAGAGCAGUAGCCAAGGUCACCACCAGGGAAUCGGGAACCAUAUAAUGUUACUAUAAUUCGUUGCAUAUAUUGUUCACAGAUCUCUGUCAUAUAGAAGAAUCUAUGUUCUUUGUUACUAACCAAUUAGUAUCUCUCAAGCACAACUCUGGCUAUUAAUGAUUUUACUUAACUUAAGCAAUUAUUUUGCAAGAAAUCAUUGAUGGUUAAAUCUAUAACCAUAGUUACUUACUAAAAAAAAUCAUCUUAAUGCUUAGCAGUAGGUUUCCCCUCCUCUACACAUGCAACCUCGUGUGACCCUACUGCCCCGGCUACUGCCUCUGCUCAGCAAACACGGGCCUCCUUCAUGUCCCUCAUCCGAUCAGCAAAAGUAUCAAAAGUUUUCAGUGAAUUACUUAGAAAUAAAUCUAUCAAUAUAAAACUUUACCCAAAUUACAAAAGUUUGGAA